AUGGCGUGUUCCAGCGAAAUUGUUGGCCUUUUCCUCAUCAUGACGCUGCUCGUUUGCGCCUUCGAAAGCCACCCAGUGCCUGAUCAUGCCAAGAUUCGUAUCCACGUGCCCAUCAAACAUCACACGCAUCUGCACACGAAAACGGUCGUGAAAACGGUCCACGUCGGGAUUCCGGUAAAAAACGUAAAAUCACACGACGACGAACACGGCUGGGAGUAUGGAAAGAAGAAGAAGGGUGCCUCCAGCUACCUGUCGUAUCUGUGA